AGAGAGAGAAAUUCAGAGUGCAGGAGGAAGAAAUAGCCAUGUUUUGUCUUCCAGCUAGAGGAGCGAGGGAGGAGGAAGAGAGGAAAAGGAGGGAGAGGGGAUGUGAAGAUCGUCGGUUAGUUUUUCCCUCUUGGUCAGAGCAGCUGCUUUACUCCCUCAGAUGGACAUCAGCUCUUGGACACUUUCUGCCAAGUCUCCAAUGUUACGGACACAAACCUGGUUCUCUCAGCAGAUCCCAACCUUGAAAGAAAUAAGAGUUGUGACAUUUUUAUGAGGUGGCGGUUCUUCUCUGAAAACUUGUAAGGAGGAUUAUAUAGAAGUUGUUAAUUUGUUGUUGAUCACUUCACUUGAGCUGAGACUCUCAACACUUUGGAGUUGAACUCUGGGUAUCCGGGAUGCUGGGACCCUGAACUGGGAUCAGUUUGACAGUGGAUGCUUCAGCCUGCAGAGUCUGGCGCAGCGUUCCUCUCAUCAGGCCUCACUCCUGGCACCUGGCGAAGCUAUCGGAGCCGCCCCUCUCUCCCCCUCCCCCUCCUCCAACUCCACCACCUACUCCACCCUGCCCCCCCACUGCCGACUCCCCUCCUCUCGCCCCUCCUCCUCCUCCUCUAUCUGCCAUGCAGCUCCACUCCGGCCCCUACACACUACCCUGGCACACAACUGACAACAGUGACUUGUCCUUGCAGUGGGGUCAGCUGUCCAGACCUUACUCCUCCACUGACCGAAGCAGUUCCCUGGGCUCCAUGGAGAGCUUGGACACACCGACACCCAUCACACAGCCGUUCUCUGACUCCCACAAUUCACCCGUCGACCCCAGCCUCUUCAACAACAAAAGAGACUCUGCCUACAGCUCAUUUUCUGCCAGCUCAAACACAUCCGACUACGCGGCAGUGCCACUAAGGCCCGGUGAAGCCUGCUCCAUGGAUAAUCUCCUCCAGAGCCUGGGGCCGGCUUGUCGAGGCUACCCUAGUGGUGAUACUUCAACCCUGGGGAGUUCAUCUGGUGAGGCCCCGGGUGAGGCACAGCUUAUUGCACACAAGUCCAGGUCGCUAACCAGGCCAAGAUCAAGGCCUGUUGAGGUAAAAGAGAGGCCUUCCUCCUGCUGUUAUGAAGAGGAACGGAGGGGAGGAGACUUUGAGAUCAUAAGAAAUGGAGAAAGAGGAGGUGAAAGAAAGAUGAACCCUCCUCAGCCUCCAGCCAGGAAGGACAGUUUUAGGGCAACCCGGAGUCGCCCUAAUGCCGCAAACAAACGUUGUGUCUCCGCCCCUAAUGAAAUCUCUAGUGUUGCUUUUUACCCUGAUGAAAGCAAGUCCUCUCUCAAUGUUGUAUCAGGAAUUCAUAACGGCUUCCCUGGACCAAAAGAAGGUGACAAAACUGGGAAUUUCAAAGAGGAUACAUUAGACUCGCACUAUAUACAAAGACAGACUAAGGACAUUAGACAUGUCAGAUGUGAUACUAGUGCUAAUAAAGACUACAGUUCAGACACCACCUCAGAUCAUCUCUCUGACCCAGUGACAGCAUCUCUAGUCCCCAUAACCUCCUCUCUUCCUGGCUCCUCACCUGCAGAAUCCUCUAUGGAGGGUCAAGGGCAGUCUCAAAUCAUGCACUCCCAGACCAAGCUCUCCUCUACGGGGCUGCACCGGAACAGCGCCCCUGAGAAGCUCCUCGCUACACAACUCCAGUUAUUGCAGUUUGACAGUGACAGCUCUUCAUUGGAGCCUUGCAAUCCGUUAAACCCUCCUGAUCGCUCCUUGUCAUCUUGCAGCAGCCAGUGGUCCCAUUCAUCACUCCAGCCCCCAAGGGAAGACCAGGAAGCUCCUCACAACCACCUGCAUGCCUCAGCAAACAAAUGGGGUGGCAGCCGUUGUUCCACCCCAGGAUCUGUUUUCUUGGAAGGGGAGGAUGUUCGAGGAUCGUUUGAGAGGCUGGAAGGGAUGGGUGUAAAUGGUGGGCCCUUUCCCCCAACUGAGAAUCACCACCCUUGGGGCCGCUCUGUGAGCGUACCAGGGAACCCCACUGGAACGUCAACCCAGGGAAGGUUGAGCUCUGACCUUAUACAAGAGAAAGAUUUUGAGCCUCUUAGUGCUGCUGCGAGUGUGGAUACCUUACUGGAGGAGCAGAAAGCAGUGGACAGUGGCAGAAGUGGAGGUAAAAAAGAGGAGGUUGUAGGAGGAGAGGCAAAUCUGAAGAAGUCAAAUUCGUCCAGGAACCAUCGUCGGAACCGUCGUCGUAGUGAGCGAUUUGCUACCAACCUCCGCAAUGAGAUCCAGAGGAAAAAAGCCCAGCUUCAAAGCAGCCAUGGCCCAGGAGGGUUGCUCUGUAGUGGGGAAACUGUUCAGGAGGAAGAGGGUCCAGACCUCAAUGAGGAAGGGGCAGACCCAGACUUGCCUGCCCAGGAAAGGAGAACCAAAGUUGCAUUUUCCUCCCCUGUUGGUCCCCAAGAUGCCAGCACCACAGCACCACUCGAGAAAUCAAGCACCUCAAGGGAAUCAAACCACGAUGUCUUGCAGACUCAAUCUCAGUCAACAACCUGCUCUCAAAACAACAACCCAUCCAGGUCUGUUCAAAUUGUGGACCCAGGAGUGCCCAAUUUUGGUGUUGGCAUCCGAGUUGUGGAGGAACCAGCUCCUGCUGGCAAAGCCCGCCGCUGGCGUUGGACCCCCGAGCAUAAACUCCAACCAGAACCCAAACUAGACCGACGGUGUGGAGUCGUGGGUGAGAGAGUGUUGGGAGUCAUAGGGUCACAGCAUGGGGUUUGUGCCUUCACCUCCUCAUACACUUCCUCAUACAGCCGUUCUGCUUCCUGUUCUCGGAUGGAGGAGUCUGAUCUACUUCCAUUUGCAGAUAGAAUGAAGUUUUUCGAGGAGACAAGCAAGGGUAUGUCCGGAUCAAAUGUCUCAAAUCUGUCAAGUCGCAGGCAGAAGAAACCCCCCCAGCAUCUGGAGUUCCAGGGGGAGCUCGGUCAGCACCCAGCCCAAAGAAGAUACUCCUACCAGGGGGGAAUUCAGCAAGAAACCGCACUGCUUCCAAACACUGUGGAAGCCAGGAGGCUGUCUGUGAGUACCAGCAGAGAGAGGCAGAAAGAGAAGGAGAGGGAACAAGCGAGAGAAAGGGAGGAGAGGGCAAAGGAGAGGAACGAGAGGUUGAGAGAAAGGGAGAGGCAGCAGGAGAAGGAAAGACAGGAGAGGGAAUUAGAAAUUGAGAGGGCAAGGUUGGGGGAGAUUCAGCAGGAGAGGGAACGAGAGGACAGGGUGAGACAAUGGGAGAGGGAAAGUGAGGAGAAGCAGCUUGAUUUGGAGAGAGAAAAAGAGAUGGAGAGGGCCAGAGACAAGGAACGUCUCAAGAAAGAAAGAGAGAAAGAGCUUCAGAGAGAAAGAGAGAAGGAAAAAGAAGAAGAUGCUCAACUCACCUCACAUCAGGACCUUCAUACCAGUUCUGAAAUCGGAGAAAAAAAUCAAGGCUUCCAGCACAGUGACAGCUACCACAACUCCCAGCCUAAGCCUCAGGUGUUCCCCCAUAGCCAAACCCUGAAUCAAGUCCCACGAUCAGCUUUUUAUCCAGUCAACACCUCUUCCCAGCCCCUGGAUAGCAAACAGCCUCUUCACCAGGGAUACACAGGAAGGAGCUACACACCUACAGAGACGUAUCCCGCCCGGCAACAGGAAACGACCAAGCUCAACAGGAAGUACAGCCUGACUGAGAGGGACUACGCAAGCUGGAGACGUGAGUCCAGACCUCCAGAGACCAUUAAUCAGUAUCAUCAGCACCCCUACCAGAGUCGAUGGGGCCCCAGACAGGUUGACAGCGGCAACGAUGACCACAACGGAUACACAUUUGCUCCCCCACCGGUUCCUCUCUCACUCAGAGGACGAGCCAUGUCCGAAAAUGACCUCCGCUUCGACAGCAGCAACCGCUGGUCGCCAUCGAUUUCUGUUGCAACCAGCCAGACCCUGAGCGAGGUGGAGGAAGGAGCUGGCGGCGUCAGGGCAGUAGAAGCUGCCAACUCUGCCCGGCUAAACAGGAAGAAGAUGCCACCUCCCCCGAGACCACCGCCCCCGAAGUGGGAGCAGUUCCACCGCAGACGUGCUUCUCACCACAAUUUGUUUUCCUCCUCCUCUUCUACUGCUCCUCACUCAAUCCCUCCCUCCUUCAACACCUUAGAAGGACACUAUUCAAAUCACUCCUCCUCGCACAUCUCUCAACUUGAAAUGUCCAGGCAGAGGUCCUACAGUCUUCCUCCAGAGAGGCAGGAAGUGUCGGAUGGCUGCCCGCGCUGCAGCUGCGGCCAAAUUCAAACCCAGGAACGCACAUUUCCCCACGCCUCUUCCAACCAGAAUCAACCACACACGCAGGAACCGCACAUCUCCCACGCCUCGUCCAAUCAGAAUCAGGUUAAUUUCCAGGAUCGGGCGUUUACUGUUGCUCCGCCCAGUCCUAUGUUUUCCCGGAGGGCAUUCAGACCGGUGGCUCUGCCCCAAAGAGAGAGGGACCCGAGGAGCACAUAUGACGGACAGCAGGAGAGAGAGGAGGUUUUAUCGUCUCUACCUCCACCACCACCGACAGAUAACAGUGUGAGCAGUUUAUCUGAGAUGACCGUCAGCCACAGCCCCGACCAGGAAAGAGUAACAGUGAAGCCUCACAAACAUCAGUCCAACAUGAGACCAGGAGCCGAGUGGGAGAGGGCUCCGUCUCCCAGAGUUCAUAGCGACUCAACUCCUGCACCUGUCUUAGAAAACGGAGGCGUCGAACAGGUUUUACCUCCUGAAUCCUACUUCGCCCUCGACUACGAGCAGCAGCAACAGCAGCUCCGUAUGAACAGAGGCUUUCAGAGCGUCGAUCUGCAGAAGAUCCCCGAGCCUGGAACAGAAUCAGAGACGACCCUCAGCCCAAGUCCUGCACACAGCCUGGACGCAGACUUGGACGUCCCAAUGGAAACAGACAUUGAUGAUUUCCAGGAAGACGAGGGACUUCCAGCAGAGGACGAGCCGAUCACCAGUGAGCUCCCAUGCUUCGCGCUGCCGGUUACCGUCCUGGAGACGGACAUCGACACCGUACCGGUCUCCGAUGCCUCGCCGUCGAGCAGGACGAGGGCAGAGAGCAGCUCUCUGGAGGAGGAGAUGGAGGCGGGGGAGAGCAGCAGAGAGAGGCUGAGCCUGGAGGAGCUCUUCCCCCACAGCAGUGAGGGAGAGUCGGGCACAGAGAGCUGGAGAGGAGCCUACCAAAGCACAGAGCACAACACCGACAGCUUGGAUAGGCGGUCUGGUGCGAGCUCCAGCUGUUCCUCUUAUUACAGCACGUCGGCAGCCAAAGCUCAGCUCCUGUCGCAGAUGAAGGACUUCACUGAUAACAGAGAGAGGGACGAGGACGACGAGUUGACGUACAAGAAACAGCUGAUGGAAAGCCUCCGUAAGAAGCUGGGAGUGCUGAGAGAAGCUCAGAGGGGACUGCAGGACGACAUCAGAGCCAACGCACAGCUGGGAGAGGAGGUGGAGAGUAUGGUGGUGGCGGUGUGUAAGCCCAAUGAGGUGGACAAGUUCCGCAUGUUCAUCGGUGAUCUGGACAAGGUGGUCAGCCUGCUGCUGUCGCUGUCUGGGAGGCUGCUGAGAGUUGAGACCACACUAGACACACUGGACCCCGAGACAGAGCACCAUGAGAGGCUCCCCCUGCUGGAGAAGAAGCGUCAGCUCAUGAGGCAGCUGUCUGAGGCUCAGGACCUGAAGGACCACGUUGACCGCAGAGAGCAGGCCGUCAGCCGGGUGCUGGCCCGCUGCCUCUCCCCUGAGCACCACAGAGACUACAGCCACUAUGUGAAGAUGAAGGCCGCCCUGCUGGUGGAGCAGAGGCAGCUGGAGGACAAGAUCCGGCUGGGAGAGGAGCAGCUGAGGGGGCUAAGGGAGAGCCUGGGGUUGGGGCUGGGAAUUGGAAUAGGAAUGUCGAUGGGAUACGGACAUUAUUAAAAAAACAAACACUAAAGAGAUGAAGGAGCAGGGCUUGGAGUCGCGUUAAGUCUGAGUCAGUUUCAAGGCGACAAGUCAAGAGGCAAAGAGGAUCGAGACAAAACAAUGACUCGAGUCCAGUUUAAGAUUUGAAAGAGGUAGUAAACAUGCAGUGUACAUGAUUGUAAAAACAUUUAUUUACAGAGUUUCUUAAGGGAAUCAUUUCACGUUUCGGAAAAUAUGCUUGUGCACUUACUUGCCACUCGUUAGAUGAUAAAUAUUGAUACCACUCUCAGUUCACUGGCUCCGUCCAGAAGUAACAUAAUCUGCCUGCCAAACCUCUAAAACUCACAACUGUUAUGUUGACUUCCUGGAGUGUUUGUGCUAAACUAAGCUAAGCAUUGCCUGUCUGUAGCUUCAUAUUUAAUCUUCCAGAAUGUCAAACAAAUCCUUUAAGGAUCAUCAGACCUGUAGAUCCAGAAGCUCAAGGACCAAACUAACAGCUCAAAAACCCUGGAAGCUGUUGUGGGUAGGCAAGUAGGGAAAAUUUGACUCCAACACUCAAUGAAGACCAGAACCGAGGCACUUGUCCAAGGUGUCAAACAGAAAAACAGACUGGACUUGAGUGCUAAAGCCCAGGAAGAAAGUUGAGCGUGGGCUCACAGAACCCCCGAAAACUACCGUCUUCAGAAAUACACCAGAAACGUAUCGAAAGCCGAGAGCACGUUGAUGGUUAGAGGACAAUGGAUUUGGACAAUACUGAAGCCUUUGUUUGUGAACAUAGGACAACAAGAGGAUGUUUUCCCCUAAUUUCACCCAAGCGAAAGACUGAAACUCGAGCGAGGACUCAUGAUGAGGUUAUCACUUAACUAAGAAUGUAAAAAUAAAGCCUGAUAACCACAUUUUACUUUCUGUGGCCAAAGGAAGGACUUUAUACUCUCUGCCUCACAUGAUGUGCCGGAAACACAUACUGUACUUACACUACAAUUAUUCUAACCAGUAUCACACUACGUUUGCCAAAGACAUUUUCGCUUAAUGAAUGUGUCACUCAGACGCUGCUUUAUUUUGUAUGUUUUCUUCUUUUGUAUUUAAAUCUCCUGGUUCAGAGAAUUGAAGGAGACAUUUUUUUCUGGUGCUUCAAACUAAAAGAAACUGUGUUUUCUGUUAACAACACUAAAGUCAAUAUUGUCAGAUGCCAUUUGCUGCGUUAUUAACUGCCUUUUGGAAGUUCACUAACCGUGUAACUUCUCUUUUUGUGUUCACCUUUGUUGCUGGCUGACACUUGCCUUCAGUGAUACAUAUACUGUAUUAUCUACUGUUAUAUCAUCAUAUCACUUUGUAUUCCUGUUACUGUAAUGUCUGUGGCUGUUUCACUGUGUGGGGUUUGACACUCCACCGACUCCUUAUACUGUCACAUAAUAACUGUUAUGUACAGAAGACACUUGUGUUCAUAAUGUAUACGAUGUGUAUAUAGUGAUUGUGAUGUAAUGAAAAGACUGGAAUUGGUUGUAAAAAAAUUGGUUGUAAAAGAUGAACGAAAAGACCGGGAAGAAUCAACGUUUACUGUAUAUUUUGAUGGGGAAUGAAUCUCAUGGAGAGUUCGGUUUGACAGGAAGCCAGAGUUGCAGUUUUUUUUUUUUUUUUUUGUGAGCUUGUUUUCAAAAUGUUGUUUGCCAAGUUGACAUUUAAUGUGUGUCUUUAAUAUUUACAGUACUUUAAAGAACGCUUAUUAGCAUUCCUGUUGAGAGUUAGAUGGGAAGAUUGACACCAGUCUGUACGGUGAGUAUAUGGCUACAGCAAGCAGCCGGUUAGCUUAGCUUAGCAUAAAAAUUGGAAAGCCUGGCUCUGUCCAAAGUCAACAAAAUCCACCAGCACCUCUAAAGCUCCCAAAUUAACACGUUGUAUCUUGCUUGUUUAAUCCGUACAAAAACAAAAGUGUAAGUGGCAGGCUAGCAGUUUAAGCUAGCCUUUUUGUCAUGAACAGCCAGCCCUCUGUUGUUUUUACACUUGUUUCUAUUAACAUCACUUAAAUAUUGUGGUCAUUUGCAGCAUUAUUAACACAACAACACAGCAGCAGGUUAGCUGUAGACUUUAGUUUUUGUAUAAAUUAAACAAACGAGAUGUUAAAUGGUGAGCUAGAGCUAAAAGAGGUGCUGGUACAUGUAGGUGGAUGCUAACCUUUGCAGCCAGGCUAGUUUUCCCCCCUCUGUUUCCAGUCUUAAUGCUAAGCUAAGUUGUAUCAAAUGUUCUCAUCUAAAUCUCUGCAAGAGUACAAAUAAGUGCAUUUCCCCAAAACGUCAAACUAUUCCUUUACGACUUAUAGUUUGAAGUGCCAAACACAUAGAUUUUCCUAAUUUGUGACACAUUGACUGUACUGAAACACAGGAUUUAAACACAUUCCUGCUUGUAAAGUUAAUAAUCCACCAUCACAAAUCUUAAAUAACAGACACCUGCUUUUUGCUGUUUCCUGCAUUUAUCUUGUGAUUUGUGAUCUUGCCAAAAAGUCUCCCACACUUUAACUGGUAUCCUAACCUUUGGACAGGUUUUACACAGUUUAGCACUGCUUGCUUUUCUGAGUAAAUCAAAUACAGAAAGAACAAACAAAAACUGCAGCUCAACAAGAGAUUAGAGGGAUUUGGAAGAGGAAAUGUGUAUAUUUUGGCUGUUGAGUGAAAAUACAGACACUUCUAAUACUUAAUCAGUUUCACCGGUUAACUCUUGCUCUGGUAAUAAGCAGCAAAUCUGCAGUUUAAAGUUUAUUAAAAGUUACAGUUUUACACUUGUUUUUCCUCAUUUCCUUAGUUUCUCUCAGACGAUUCAUGCUGUUUUAUUACCAAACAACCCUGAAUUUAAGAUGUCCACACACACUUGCUCUCUGUUGUACAUGUUUUGUGUAUUCUUGUACUAAUACAGCCAUUUUUAUAACACUUAUCGACUUGACAAGAGAGGACCAAGAGUUGCUUGUUGGACCAGUAAGAGAGUAUAUUUCUUCUGUUCAUGUUUUCCUAUGUAAUUUUGAUUUAUUACAAAACCCUUUUUUGUGUGUAAAAGUGCAUUACAAAUUGUGUAACUGCGUGAACACUCUUGAGGAAAAGUACCAUAAAUAAUAAUAAUAGUAUUUUAAACUAG